AUGGAAACCAUAUUUCAAAAAAACAAAAUUAUAGAAUUUGAAAGCUUCAAUAAAACAUUUGAGUUGUGGAAGAAGUAUGUAACCGAUGAAGUGUUAACAUCGUGCAGUGAAAAUGAAAAAAACAAAACAAAACAAAAUAAUAAUAAUAAUAAUGAAAGUAGGAAUAAUAAAAUAAGAUCGAAACUUACGUUAAAACUGAAGCCCAAAUUGAAGCAAAAAUUGAAGUCCAAAUCGAUAAAAAAUUUUGAUAAAUAUGUGCACAAGUGGGGGGAAAUAAAUUUUUUUCGGCGUCAUAAUAAUUACAAUAAUAAUGAAAAAUUCGAGUACGGUAAUAACAAGAAACUAGAGGAAGAAAAAGAGAAAAAACAAUAUAAUCAUAUACAUAAUAAUUAUGACUUUGACAGUGAUAAUAGUUCUGCAGAAAAAAAAAAAAAAGAAUUUUUGCUACACUAUAUAAGCGUUUAUGAAGAACAGCUCGAAAAAUUGAGCAAAGACCCCGAAAGCUACUACUCAAAUGAAGGAAGUAAAGAAGAAGAAAAUGGAGAAGCGUGUAUAGUAACGUACGAAAAUUACAUUAAUAGAAAUGUUAAUAUAACAACAUAUACUGGAGAUAUCCAAUUUUUAAAAUUUUUUUAUUCAUCCAUAUGUUUAAUAAAAGAAAAUAAAGUUCUUAUACCAUGUGGGCAUUAUUUAUACGAGUUAAUAUAUCCACAAACAGUGUACUCAUUUCCUCUGAUAAAUAAAUUAAAUUAUUAUUUCGUUAAGUUAUAUAUAAAUAAUUCUUGGUAUUUAGUAUUUGUAGACUUGACAUUACCAUAUGAUGAGAAAAAUGAAUUAAUAUCAUGUUAUUCAUUAAAUGAACGAGAAAUAUGGACACAUAUUCUUAUGAAAGCACUAUACAAGUGCUUCCAUGUUUUCCGCUUUUCGAAUUAUCAUUUUUUCAUUAUUGAAAUGUUAACUGGUCUAAAAUAUAUCAACACUUCCGCAUAUAGUAUUAAUCAUACCCUUUACAAUAACAAGAAUAUUAUAAAGAGCAUUUUGAUGCGCCAACAGAAUGACUUAAGCGAUAGACGCAAUUUAAAAUCCGUACUCGUAUGCGAUAAGGAAAAUUAUCCUUUUGUCAAAGAGGCGGAGAAGAAGGCAGCUAGUGAAGGAAACGUUCAGUCGGAAGAAGUAAUUACCACUAGUAAUGAAAGAAUCAAUGAUAUGAACAAAGGUGAUAGUGAUAGUGAUAGUGAUGGUGAUAGUAACGGUUGUUGUAGUGAUAACCAUGGUAAAGGAGAUCACUACGUAAGUACGCGUGAUAGGGAGGAACAGGAAAAUUCUUUUUACUUCCUCAUAUGCCCAUUUGAAGACAAGGAACAUUUAAAGGUAAAAUGCGAAAAUAUGAAGCCACGCAAUUGUAUAAAAUUAUCUGAAUAUUUAAUUAAUAAAAAAAAAAAAGAUAUAUUAAAAGGUUAUAAAUAUAUAGACAAUCAAGGACAUAUUAUAAUAUUCAAUGCGGAAUUAGUACCUGUAGAAAAUCCUGCUUUUUACCCAAAUGAUUCCGAGGGUGAAUGCAGUGACUCAAAAACAGGAAAAAGAAAUAUGCUAUUACUAGAAAAUAAAAAAACUACAAAUGUAAGCAGUGGUACUAAUGAUGGAACUAAUAAUAUCAGUUGUAAUAAUAAGAGUGGUAGAAAAUAUAGCAUUAUCAUAAAUGAGAAUGUAGAGAACGUCCUCAAGAUGUUCAAAGAAAUACUAUCGUUGGAACAGAGAAAAUUGAAACAUUCAAAAAAUAUUAAUGAAGAUUCUGAUAAUAAAAAUAUCAAAUGUAGCAGCUUGAAGCAAGUCAAAAGGGGUAAAAACAAAGACGCCAACAAAUGGCUUAGCGAAAAUGAUAUCGAAAGGAUCCUCGAGGUGGUCAACGUAAAUUACUCAAGUGAUUAUAUAAUAAAAAUAGAUGACGAUUUCAUUUUUGAAAAUAAUAAAAAGAGAAAGAUAUUUUAUUAUGUGUACAAAAAUAAAUUUAAUGUUGUAUGUGUAAAUGAAUAUGUACGGAAUGCCCCAUCCAAAAUUCUGGCAAUCAAAAAUAAUAAUAAGAGUGACAAGUAUGACAAAAGUAAACAUAAAGAGAGUAACAGGAAACCAACUAAUGCUGAACAAUGUGCUCACUUGAAUAAUUUGCCCUAUCUUAUUUUAAUAUGUUAUAUCUCUAUAAAGUACAGCCAAAAGGAUAGCAAAGUAAUCCAAACAGAUGAUCAUGAGCAAAUGGUAAGUCCUGGUUCUGGCAAUGCUGGAAGUAGAAGCAGUAGCAGUGAAAGAAGUAAUACUGACAAUAAUUACGUCGAUGGGGAAAAAAGCAAAAAUGAAGAGGUUCCAUCUAAGGGGCUGCACGCAUUUUAUUUUUCGUUUUUUCCUUGUAUAAAAAAAAAAAAAAAAAAAUUGUCAGCAGCAGUUAGACAACAAAACGAAAUUGUAAAAGCAGAGGAGGCACCUUUCCAGUACUUUAGAACAUACGAAAAGGUGAAAGCCAAAUUGGUCAAUAUAAAAAGCAGGUAUGAAGAAACAAAGAGGGGGAAGAAUCAUAUUAAAAUGUACGGUAAGAAUAAGCAAUAUAAAGAGAAGUUGGAAAAUGUAUUAUUGCUUAGGGACAUUUUUGACUAUGAAUGUUUCAUAACACAAAUAGCAGAAAAGGUAUAUGAUGAUGACUAUGAUGUUUCGUGGAACAUUCCUUCAGAGGAAUACAUCAAAAGUAAUCAUAAAAGUAAUAGUAAUAAUAGUUAUGAUGAAGCGUGCCUUCUGCCUGAUCUGAAUAGCAUUAUAUAUAACCUAUCGAAUAAUGAGUACAAGAACUACAUUUUUUCGGACAAAAUUUGUAAAAGGGAUAUGCUCCUUAAAGGGAAUAGGGAGCACCUUUUUUUUUUGUUCGUCAAGGAUUCGGUUAAUAGCAAUUUAUUCAUUGAAUGGAUGAAGGGGGAAAUAAUAAAAAAUAAUAAUAAAAAAGAGGGUAACAGUGUGAACAAUGAGAAAAGUGAGAAGAGCGAGCCAAUUGUUAAGUGCACUUUUCUGACGAUAAAAGAAUAUCUUGAAAAAAAAUUGAAAAUGCAAAUUAGCAUUUUAAACAAAGAUGUUAAUAUUUUAAAAACGGAAAAAUUGAACAAAGUUUUACUAAGAUUUACUGUAAACAUAUUUGUACACACCAAUUUGAAUAGACUCCCUUUUUUUUAUCUAGUUUAUAAAAUAAAUAAUUUAAAAUUACUACCUUAUCUUACUUUAUACUUUUGUAAAAUACAUAAAUGUAAUUUAAGCAAUGAGAAAAAGUACACGGAUGGAAAGAAAAAAAAAAAUUAUAGUCAUAAAAAUAUCAAUAGCACACAACAGGAUAGUAAUACUUGCAUUAAUGUGGUGGGGGGAUUUUAUAAAUACCCAUUAGAAAAUCUUUUUUUCAAAAUUGACAUAAAUAGUGGGGGAGAGCAGCAGUGGAGGAAGCAAGAGCAGGAAAAGCGACUGGAACAAACACAGAAGGGACAAAAGGAUCAGGAGUGCUCUUAUCUUUUUUUGGUGGUAUCUAAAAAUGUCGAGAAACUGAAGGGGAAGGAUCUGAAGUUUCAAAUAACCGCAGCAUUGCCACCGCCUAAGAGUAAAAACACUUCUAAUGAAGAGAACAUAAAAAAGAAAAAAAAUUAUAUAAAAAUUGAUGAAAUUUCGUCGUAUUGCAAAAAUUAUAUUUUUACAAGUAUGGACAGUCAUAGCAGUUAUGAUGAACAGGGACAUACGGGGAAAGUAGCUUCUACCGAAUUUAAGAAAAUACAAAUAAAAGAUGACGAGGAAAAGAUGGACUGUCAUAUAACACAAAGGUUAUGUAGUGAGACUUCAAAAUUAGAAAGCGGAACACUAGGCAUAGAUGAUUUAACACUUAAGGACCAAUCGGAUGUAAGCGAUUUGAAAAAUGGCAGUGAGACAAGGUUAAGGAGCAGCGAAUUGCACACAGAUGUUGAAGAAGUAAGAGAAGAAAUGAAAGAAGUAAAGAUGGAAGUAAAGACGGAAGUAAAGACGGGUAUAAAUACGAAUAUAAAGAUGGAAAUAAUGAAGGAUGUAAAGACGGAUGUAAAGACGGAUGUAAAGACGGAUGUAAAGACGGAUGUAAAGAUGGGUGUAAAGACAGAAGAAGAAAAAAACAAAAGCGAUGAUCAAAAUGAUAUUGGGGGAAAUAUAAUAAAACUAAAUGUGCAUAACCGAAGUAACAGGAAAACGUUCAAGUUUUUAAAAAAAAUUGUCAUAAAUAGCAAAAAUAGUUUUACGUUUGGUAGUAUUUUUGUUGAAUUAAAAAAUUACCACCUAUUCAAAUAUAUGAUGGUAAAAAUCGUAAGAAUAAAAAAAAAAAAAUUAACUGAUGAUGAUUAUGGUGACUUAAAUUUUAUUAUAAAAAAUUUUCAAAGAGAUAUUAUGUUAAAAAAAAGAAAAAGAAAAAAUAUUUUCUUUAAACAUGUGGAGUUUUAUACAAAUGAUACAUAUAUGAUGCUUAUUAAGGUAAAACCGUUAGCAGGGAAUAUAUUACAAUUAAGAGGAAGGGAGGGACGUACAUUAAAUGAAUAUAUUAUUUAUGAGGAGGAAAAUAGUGAAAAAAGUCAAUUUUUAAAUGUACCAAUUAAUCCCUUUUCAAAUAUAACUAUAAAUUUAUUUUUAAGCUUCUCAGAGGAUGUUUCGGUAACAGAUAACAAUUCAAACGAAGAUAUGGAAAAGGAAAUCAAAAAAUAUUUUGCAUUCAAUAAAAUUAGCAUAGAUGGUUUAAAAAAAGCUCAUCAUAUAGAUAGAAGAGUAGACAAUAUUUUUUCCAUUCGAAGUGAUUUAUUAUUACAUUUUAAAAGCACGAAUUAUGAGAAUAUCUUUACUCGUCUGUUAAACGAAAAAAGGGAGAACAGUACAAGUAUGACAAGUAGUAUUUUACCUAAAGAAAAAGAAUAUGAGUCAAAUUAUACUAACGAUGUUGUAGACAUCACUGCCAACGAAACGAAUGAAAAACAUAGUAAUGUUGAAAAGAACAUUUGUUAUUAUAGAAGAUUGGAAAACAAUUAUAACAGCCUCUUAUGUACGAGACUCAUCAAUGAUGAUGUUAUAAGAAGAGAAGAAUUAUAUAUGUAUAAAGAUGAUUUCCUUCAAAUAUUGUCAUCACUUUUCAAUUUUCAUAAUGAUUGGUUCGAUUUUGUAAAAACGAAAUAUUUUGAAGAAGGGAAUGUCAAUAAAGUUUACAUGAACACAUUCAUCCAGAUGUUUAGAUCUGUGUAUAACACAGGCGAUUAUGUGAAAAUGGAAAAAUUUGAAAAAUUUGAAAAAUAUCCCAUAACGAUGUUUGUAGAAGACAGCUCAAACAGCAGUAAGCAAGAGAAGAAGGAAAACAAAAUGGAAGUUUUCACAGAUAAAGAUUUCGACUAUCGUAUUGACAAUUUGGUAUCAUAUUCAAACGUAGUGCAAAAAUCUGUUGAUGAUAUUAAGUCUUAUUCUAAGUCCAAAAAUAAUGAUAUGGAUAUGUUGAAAGUAAAAAUGGAUGCAGAGCUACAGCUAACGGAAAGGGCCUUUUAUCUUUUAAGUAGUAUUUAUAAUAAUGAAAAAUUUGAUACGAGAAAAUACAGAAGCAGUUUAAAUAAUAGUGUUAAAAAUAGCGGCAAAUUUUGUGGCAAUAUUAGUGGAAACAGUUGCACUAAAGAUGUACUUAAAAGAAACUAUAAAUAUUUAGAAAAUAUAAAAAAAAAAAUUUCUAACAAUAAUAAUAAUAGUAGUAGUAAUAAUAAUAGUAAUAGCGGUAGUCAUAAUAAUAGUAAUAGCGGUAGUCAUAAUAAUAGUAAUAACCUGAAGUCUGGAGUACAAUACGGGGGAAAUAGCACGAACAGGCAAACUGUUUCAUCUUCUUCAGUAGAGCUCAUAACAAAUGGCUGUUACGGAAUAAAUAAGCAUGAAAGUGAUUCAACAAAUAAAACAAAAUCUAAAUUAUGUGACAGUAUUAAGAUGGAUGUACCCAUCGUAAAUAUACAAGAUAUGAUAGGCAUAGUAAAAAAAAUAGACAAGUACAUAGAAAUAUAUGAUAUUAAAAAUAAGAAAUUAAACAUUACCAAAAUGAUUAAAGAAAGAAAGAUAUAUGUUGAAAAUGUAAAAAAUAAUAUAAAAACUAAAAAGUUUAAAAACAUGAAAUCAGAGGGAUUAAAUGACCUAUAUAAAAGAGGAUUAGAUUUACACUUAAAUAUUUACAAUUCAGAUUUAAUGAAAAUUAUUAAAAAUCAUUGUAUAGUAUUGGAUAUGUUAACUAAUAUAAAAUUACUAUUUAAACGUAAUGAAAAUUUAAAAAAAAAAAAAAUUACAAAUAAUGAAGUUGUCACUAUAGAAGAACUUGUAACUGAUAAAGAAUUAUUUAUUGAAUCAUUCCAAACAUGUACAGAUCUACUUAAAAAUGAUGAUCAUUAUGGUGAUAAUGAUAAUAACAAUGAAAAUGAUAAUACUAUUCAACUAAGUGAUUAUUAUAAAAAUAUAUAUAAGGACUCUCAGCAAAUUUUUAAUAAGAUACUUGACAAUUCAGCUGUUAAAAUGGACAGUGUAUAA